GGAAACUUAAAAAUUUCUGACUUAGAUUUGUCAGAGCGUGCAGUGAACGGUUAUGCCUCUGAGCGUCGCUGUUCACCACUCAAGAAGGAAAACGCCGCUGAAGAGCUAGUCCUUUUCCUUGUUUCCAAAGAGCAGAGAACCAGCAAAUCACACUUGGAAGAUCCGAGGCUGCCUCAAAGCUCACCCCGUCAGUCAGCCAGCUCUGUGACCUAUAAAUUAGGCCCACGAAAGUCUUAGUUCCUUGAUAAAAUAAGACUGAAGUCUGCCUUGGGAAACUGGAACCCAAUUCAGAGAAAAUAAUUCACUAAAACGGAAAUGACCAAUUACCAGAGAUUCAGAAAGUGCGGAAGACUGGCCCUGCUGUGCGUGCUUCUGGGGACGCUGUGCAAGACCGGAUGCGGGCAUAUCCGCUAUUCGGUGUCAGAGGAGCUGGACAAAGGCUCCUUCGUGGGUAACAUCGCCAAGGACCUGGGGCUGGAGCCCCAGGAGCUGGCGGAGCGGGGAGUCCGCAUCGUCUCCAGAGACAGGAUGCAGCUCUUUGCUCUGAACCCGAGAAGCGGCAGCUUGGUCACCGCGGACAGGAUAGAUCGGGAGGAGCUCUGCGCUCAGAGCCCACAAUGUCUGGUGAGUUUUAACAUCCUUGUUGAAGACAAAUUGAACAUUUUUGAAGUAGAAAUAGAAAUUAAAGACCUUAAUGACAAUGCUCCUGAUUUUCUGAUGGAGGAAUUGGAAAUAAAAAUUAGUGAACUAACAGUUCCUGGAACUCGGUUUCCACUUAAGACUGCAUUUGACCCAGAUGUGGGCACGAACUCUCUGCUGAACUAUCAGCUCAGCCCCAAUGACUACUUCUCCCUGGCUGUGAAGAGUGUCACUGAUGGGGCCAAGUAUCCAGAGCUGGUGCUGCAGCGGGCUCUUGACCGGGAGGAAAAGAAAGUUCACCAACUUGUCCUCAUUGCUUCUGAUGGUGGUGACCCUGUCCAGUCUGGCAACUUGGGCAUCCAAGUGACAGUGCUGGAUGCGAAUGACAAUCCACCAGUAUUUACCCAGCCUGAGUAUCGAGUAAGUGUUGAAGAGGACCUGCCGGUAGGCACCUGGCUGCUCACAGUGAAUGCCACUGACCCUGACGAAGGAUUCAAUGCUCAAGUAUCCUAUGUACUAGAUAAAAUGCCUGGGAAAAUCGCUCAGAUUUUUUAUCUCAACUCAGUGACUGGGGACUUAUCAAUAUUAAAAAAUCUAGAUUAUGAGGAUGCUACUUUCUAUGAAAUUAAAAUAGAAGCACAAGAUGGACCAGGUCUCCUUUCAAGAGCUAAGAUUCUGGUCACAGUUCUGGAUGUGAAUGACAAUGCCCCAGAAGUUACAAUUACUUCUCUCACAGGAUCAGUUCCAGAAGAGUCAGCUGCUGGAAGGGAAAUUGCUCUUAUCAACGUGCAUGAUCGGGAUUCCGGGCAAAAUGGACAGGUCACAGUUUUUGUCCUGGGAAAUAUGCCAUUUAAUUUAGAAAAAUCAAUAAACCAAUAUUACCGCUUAGUGACAGCCAGAUCUCUGGACCGUGAACAGGAGUCUGAAUAUAACAUCACUCUGAGAGCUACAGAUGGGGGUAGUCCGCCACUGUCCACAGACACACACAUCACCCUGCAUGUGGCAGACAUCAAUGACAACCCACCGGCUUUCACUCAUGCCUCCUAUUCUGCCUACAUUCCUGAAAACAACCCCAGGGGAGCCUCCAUCUUCUCUGUGACAGCCCAGGACCCUGACAGCAUUGAGAAUGCCCACAUUACCUAUGCACUGACUGAGGAUACCAUCCAAGGGGCGCCUCUCUCCACCUACGUCUCCAUAAACUCAGACACUGGAGUCCUGUAUGCUCUGCACUCCUUUGACUUUGAGCAGGUUAGAGACCUGAAGCUACUAGUGACUGCUAGUGACAGUGGGAACCCUCCACUCAGCAGCAACGUGUCUUUGAGCCUAUUUGUGUUGGACCAGAAUGACAACACACCUGAGAUUCUAUACCCUGCCCUCCCCACUGAUGGUUCUACCGGUGUGGAGCUGGCACCCCGCUCCGCAGAGCCUGGCUACCUGGUCACCAAGGUGGUGGCAGUGGACAGAGACUCGGGACAGAACGCCUGGCUGUCCUACCGCCUGCUCAAGGCCAGCGAGCCAGGGCUUUUCGCGGUGGGGCUGCACACGGGCGAGGUGCGCACAGCGCGGGCGCUGCUGGACAGAGACGCGCUCAAGCAGAGCCUGGUGGUGGCGGUCCAGGACCACGGGCAGCCCCCUCUCUCGGCCACCGUCACGCUCACCGUGGCUGUGGCUGACAGCAUCCCAGACAUCCUGACUGACCUAGGCAGCCUGAAGCCUUCAGUGGAUCCUGACGACUCCGGCCUCACACUUUACCUGGUGGUGGCGGUGGCCGCGGUCUCCUGUGUCUUCCUAGCCUUUGUCAUCGUGCUGCUGGCGCUCAGACUCCGGCAUUGGCACCUGUCGCGUCUGCUCCAGGCUUCGGGCAGCGGGUUGGCUGGCGUGCCGGCGUCUCAGUUUGUGGGCGUGGACGGGGUGCGGGCUUUCCUGCAGACCUAUUCGCACGAGGUCUCGCUCACCGCGGACUCUCGGGGGAGUCACGUGAUCUUCCCGCAGCCGAACUAUGCGGACACGCUCAUCAGUCAAGAGAGCUGUGGGAAAAGCGAGCCUCUCCUGAUAUCUCAAGAUUUACUGGAAAUGAAAGGUGACUCCAACGAGCUCCAGAAUGCAGACGCACCUCCUGUGCAACCUCAAGUGCCUGACAAAUCGUACCCUCAAAUCACAGAAGUCCAGGGUGCUGUGUUGAUUAUUUAAACAUCCCAGAGACAUCUUGAA